AUGGAUCCUACCAGCAGCAGCUGCAUGCAGAGUCCACAGCUUUGGGGCUGUCUGCAGAGCACUCAUGCAGAUGUCACCAUGUCUUCAGGGCUGAACCACUACACACCAUCACCAUUCUCCUUUCAUCAAAAAUCAGAUUUUUCUACUUACUUGGAUUUUUCAACCUCCUGCCUGGUGACUACUUGCCAUAGCUUCCCACAUGAGAAGCAGGAAUUUGUGGAGCAGCAUCCCUCUUCCCAACACUCUGACUGGCAUUUUCCAGCAAAUGAGGCCAGAAGACAACUAAAUCCAGGACCGGCCUUGGGUUCUGAGGAGUCAGAAGGCAGCAGCCCAAAUCUAGUCAGUGCGGCAGCAGGUAUAAAUGAAGAUGAUGAGGUACCAGUAAAUACUACAAAUGAGACUGAGAAAAAGUCGUCCAAAAGAAAAAAGGAGAACUCAGAAAACCACAACUCAAGCAGCAAGGCAGAAACAAACAGCAAAUCACGGAAGGAAAGGACAGCUUUCACAAAGGAGCAGCUACGUGAGCUGGAAGCCGAAUUUGCCCAUCAUAACUACCUGACAAGGCUCAGGAGAUAUGAGAUAGCUGUGAACCUGGAUCUCACUGAGAGACAAGUCAAAGUAUGGUUUCAAAACAGAAGGAUGAAGUGGAAACGUGUUAAAGGUGGACAAUCAGUGUCCCCACAUGACCAUGACACAGAAGAUGUGGACUCUGCUCCCUCCCCCAGCUCUGACUAG